AUGAUGACCGAAUAUUUUAAUCAAUGUGUCCAACAAGAUGGUCAUGUUAAUAAUCAAAAUAAAUUUAUUCUUAGAAUUGAAAAUAUUCAAGGUCAUUUGAUUCCAGAUGAUAAUUUAGUUUCCAACAAAGUAGCUGCCAAAUCAAUUGAUAAUCCAUUGUUACCAUUUUCCAAUGUUGACAAGUCACUGCUGAAACAAACUAUCUGUCCUAUUCGCUACAGAGAGUUCAAGGAAAGUUUCCCUCUCCAAGUAAGAAAGAAUCUCUAUGAAACCACUCACUACCUUCAUAGCGCCAAUAAGUUGAGCAAUCCAAAUAUCCAAACUAAACUGCUGUCCUCCAUGUCCAAGACUAUCAUGUUUGAUCUCUACAAUAAAACAUUGGCCGGCUUUUUCCAGCGACCAGAGUCGCCUCCUUUCUAUUGUAGACCUUUUUGUGUUGGUCUAAAGGCUCUCUACUCGAGACACUCGGUCAAUACCAUGAUGGACUGCAAGAGUUACCUUGGUAGAAACGAUAUUGAUAUCAUCCAUGGUGAUAAAAUUAAUCAACUCAUUCAUGUUUCACAAUUUAUUCUUCAUUUACCUCCACUUUCCUCACCACCAAACAACUCUUUCGUCAUCCACGACGACCCAUCCAACUAUCUUUUGCAUCACGUGAAUCUUGUCGAACUAUUAAGACAAAGAGCAAUGGUAAAAUGUAACUCAUUGAAACAAAUGAUUGUUUCCAACGAAGGUUGCUCGUUGGAGAAGAUCCCAAAGGAAAAUCAAAUACAGGCUCUUCAUAAGUGCGGUUCGCUCGCUGUCAAUGUUGCCACUGCUCAUUUAGAGUAUAAGAUGUUGGAGGAUCUUCUUCUAUCGAAGACUGAUAUUAUUAGACAACCAAUUCUAUCUAGACUGGUACUGCUAGAUACGCUUGUCAAGAUUCAAGAUGAUUUGGGUUGGAUCGUUUCCAAUCGUCUACUAUCUGAAGAGGUCUCGAUGGCAAUUCCAUUUUUAAUCUAUGAUCUGUCUCAUGUGUUAACUCCACAUAUUCUAACUCUAGUAGAUUCCUUUGAAUUACAAUAA